AUGCCCCCGCGCCGCAAAGCCCUGCUCAUCGGCUGCAACUACACCACCUCGACGCACAGGCUCCAAGGCUGCAUCGACGACGUGGCCAACGUGACCGAGUUCCUGGUCUCGCGCGGCUUCUCGACACACCCGGCCAACAUGGUGACCUUGACGGACGACGCGGACCCGCGGUCGCCCCACUUCCCCACGGGGCAUAACAUCCUGGCCGCGAUGCACUGGCUGGUCAGCGAGCCCGGGUGUGUCCUGUUCUUGCAUUACUCGGGCCAUGGCGGGCAGGUGCCGGACGACCCCCGGGGGGAGGGAGGCGGGUAUCAUUCGUCCGGGUUCGCCGAUACGAUUGUGCCCGUGGAUUUUGAACGGAGUGGCAUGAUCGAUAGUGGCACCGACGACGAAGGCAGAAUCAAUCUCAUGAAUAACCUGCGCGCGGGAGCGGAACUGAUCGGAGAGGCCUCCCAUCUGAUCAGAGGGGAUUUCUCGUUCGACGACGCAGGCGAAGCACGCCACCUUCUUGCGGGCGCGACUUCGUUCUUCCGCUCUCUCAAACAUCAGUACGACGGGGAUUACGAGGAGGGACUGCAGUCCGCGGACGAGGGCUUCCAGACCGAAUGGGGAAGGGAGAACAAAUCCGUGUUCAUGCUCUCCGGGUGCAAGGACGAGCAGACCUCUGCAGACGCUUUCAUUAAUGGUCGGCAUGUCGGCGCGAUGUCCUGGGCGUUUCUGGAGACGAUGAAGACGGAUGUGUAUUGGAACAUAUCAUAUGUGCAGAAUACGAGGGCACUCCUCCAGGAGAAUUAUUCUCAGAUACCCCAACUGUCGUGCGGGUAUCAGUUUGACCUCAACAACCCGUUUCGCAUAUGA